AUGGAUGUUGAGCCGGAGCCGGAUCUGGAGGCGAAUUGCGGCCGGAACAACAUCAGCUGCGCAUGCCAUUUCCAGUAUGAAUACUAUCGACCCGAUGAUCGGAUAACGCUCGGCCUAAUCGCCCUCCCCAUCAUGGCCUUCGGGAUUUGUGCGAAUUUGACGAGCGUCCGGAUAUUUACACAUAGAUUAAUGUCGUCAUCUUCGAUCAAUUGGUACUUGGCGGCGCUGUCGGUCAGCGACACGAUCAUCCUCAUCGCGUCGUUUGUCGUGCUGUGCGCGCCGCGGUUGGCAGAAUAUUUGACCAUGUGGAAGGUCGGGUACUGGAGCUAUCUCGCCACCCCAAUAAUGUAUGGAAUCAUGACGAUAGCGCAAACGGCCAGCGUCUACUUGACGGUUGGCGUGUCGGUGCAUCGAUAUAUAGGCGUGUGUCAUCCCUAUAAAGCGCCACAAUUAUUGCCAAAAAAACGGGUCGCCUAUGUGAUCAUCGGGAUCAUUGCCUUCUCCAUUCUCUUCAACAUUACCAGAUUGUUCGAGGUGAACGUCUCGAACGUGUGCUACCGCGUGAACAUCGACUACUACAUGCCGCACUUGAUCCCGACGUUGCUACGACAAGCGAACAUGUACAAGCUGAUCUUCCACGGCUGGAUGCACACGUUGAUCAUGUUCAUCGUGCCCUUCUUGCUGCUGAUCGGCUUCAACUCGAUGGUGCUGCACGCGGUGCGGAGAAGUCGGAGAAUGCACGCGGCGGGUGGCGGCGAGAGUGACGAAAUGUCAAAGAAAGCGGAACGGAAGGAGCGGCAAACAUCUAUCAUGCUGGUGGCGGUCGUGAUCCUGUUCCUCGCCUGUAACACGCUGUGCUUCAUCAGCAACAUCUACGAGAACCUGGAGAUACCGCUCGAAGUCCUCGUCACCACCAGCAAUUUUUUGGUGAUCAUCAACGCCUCCGUGAACAUUUGCAUCUACAUGCUGUUCUCGGAAAAAUACCGGUUGUUGCUGCGACACUAUCUGUGCUGCGACUGGAGUCGACAGGGCGAGAUGCUGCUCAACUCCGUCAUGGCA